AUGUUGGAAUUAUUGAACCAGGAGUUUGAAACAGCUGUCAUUAAUAUGCUAACGGCUGUAAAUGGAAAAAGUGGUAACAUGCAGGAACAGAUAAGAAAUGUCCCCUCCUACCAAACUCUGGAUGCAGUUAGUCUUCAUGGCAUCGUGAAGUUGUGUGCCAACAUCACUGGUGAGGACUUUUGAGAGCUCUUUAUUUAUAUCAAUGGCACCCUUCCAAAGCUGGUGGGAGUCUCUGUGCUCUACGCUUUAGGCCUGAUGACCUCAGUCAUCUGUGAUGCCAGAAUGUGGUGUGAAGUGAGGUGGGGAGACUUCCACCACUGCGUGGAAGAUGUUUUAGAAGUGUUGAAGGAGAUUUAUUUAGAGCUAACAUCUGAGCAUUUGUUCAGAACAACUCUGAAGAGCAGUGUAGAAAGGAUAGCAAACUUGGGUGAAGUGCUGGUUGAAACAAAUCUAAAUGGCGAAAUGAACUUCAGUGUAGAAACUGAUGUCGUGUCUAUUAAAAGUUAUUUUAACAAUCUUGGAAAUCCUCCAAAGUGUGCUCAGGAUAUGUCUCAAGACGGAAGCCUGGAGAACAUGGUGGGAGUGCUAGUAGAGAGUGGGAAGCUUCUGCAGUUUUUCGAGGGACAGCAAAUAAAUCCUGUAACAGCCUUAUGCAAUGUUUUGAGCAAUACUAUUCUUCAUCUUGUUUUGGUUCAUGAAGAUGCCUCUCUUCAGUAUUUCAUUCCUGUCUUAUAAAAAUUCAAGCAGCCUGUAUUUUUUUUUUUAAGCUUAUGAUCUUUUCAAAACUGAAACAGACCCUGAGUUAAUUGGCUUGCAAUUCUGCACCCUCACUGGCCUAUGUAGAAUGUACAUUUUGCUGAGCUCUUGUUCCUUUGCAAAGCUUUUAUUAAAAAAAUCAUUGGUGAAAGAAUUGGAUAGUUUAUUUGUAUGUUUAUUGACUUUGUCAGUUUUUUUUUUCUUCAUACUUUUUAAGAGGCCAACAACAACAACAAAAGACUUUCUACUUUAACUUUUUUGGGGAAAAAGGAUUGUAACAAAAUAAAAACUGAAUUUCUAAAACACUGGAUCAGUUUUUAUUAUAAAAUGCU